AUAUAGUAUUGGACUUGAUAACUGGGAAGAUGUGCCAUUCUAUAAACGAAAAUUACGUACACAUUCAUAACUGAAAUUUACUGGUAUCAUAAUAUAUUCAAAUUGUGUUUCACUGGAAUUUAUGCCAACGUCUAGAUGUUAAAGCAAUGAAAUAGCAUUGUGAAGAUUGUUCGAAGUUUUGACAUUUCUUUGAGGAUACUAGGAUGCUUCUUGGGAUAACUUAUGAAAGAAAAUCAGGAUGUUUAAACUGAAGUAACGUCGAAUACUUAAAGAGUAGUAUAACUUAUCACAGCAGCUGCCAAUCUGUAUCAAAAUAGAUAUCUAAAACAGAAGUACCGCUGCCAAGCGUGAAACGGACAGUGUUCGUUCGAUAACGCAAACAUAUAUAUCUACAUGACAAACAUCAGUGUCUUCAAUGACGGCAGCGUAACCACGACGAGCAUUGAUCUAACUGGGAGUAAAAUUUCCAUUAACUGAAGGAAUCAUACGGGCAGAAUGUUCUCGCGUGCAGAGCAGCUCUUCUAUCGGUAAACCCCAAUUGAUAUUAUCAGAUAAAUACAAACGCAGACCAAAAUAAUAUCAGUGUGUGAUUUACAAACAAAUGAAUAAAAAAUGUGAUAAAAAAUGUGAUAUUGUGUUGAUAUUACCUUUGGAAUAGGAAUUAUAUUGAAUAACGUGCUUUUAUUCUAUCAAUAUGUCUACACGAAUAUGAUUUGAAGAGAUAUAACUUUUUACCUCGGGGAAUGAUUCAGUUAAAUGAUGAAGUGAUUAUUAUUGAGGAUGUGUUAAUAACAAAUCGAUUCGGAUGAUACAUCAGACGGAUUAUAGAGUUUUUCAUAUAAAAAAACAGGAUAUAUUUGACGAGAGAGAAUACAGUUAAUGUUAGUUUAGCACCUGCAAUGGAAUAAUUAAUAAUGUCUCAGACGUAAACGUCUGAUAAUGUAUCAUGUUAAUCGCGUGAAGAAAUGCCAGUUUAUGUCACGCGCGCCCAUGUUACCAUUGGUGACGCUUUCAAGAAAGAGAAAAGAAAAGGACCAAUCGUCCCCAGACAUGUGUUCCAGGUAUCUGAUAUACGGCGGACACCAUAUUGUUUUAGUACAUUCUUCGUGACGGUUUUGGGCUUUGCGAUUGUGAGCGGAGGAGUUAUAAUGACUAUUAUUGGCUAUAAACCAAGUAUAUUAUUGCCUUGGUACCAUUCGAUAAAUCAGACUUCGCAAGUUAAUGAGACAAAUCCAUCAGCAAUACCUAGUGUAUUAGGUGAACCGGGCCCGCUGAGAGUGUUGGUUUAUUUUGGGCCAAUAUUAAUGGGCAUUGGUGUAUUUUCUAUGAUGGUCGCCAUUGUUUUGUUUUGUGAAAUAAAAGACCGUUAUUUUAAUAAUAUUUUACCAAAAUAUCUCCCUGGGCAACAGAAAAGAGACAAAAUGUACGAUAAAAUAAUUGAGGAGUUUAGAAAGAACUAUUUUAGAGGAAUUGAGGUGCCGCUUAGGCCACCGAGAAAGCGCAGUAAAAGCAGAUUUUCGAUUUCAUUAUCACGGAGUGGAAGUAUUGCUUCUUUCGGAAGACGACUAUCACAUGACUUUCAGAAGAGAUUUAGAAAAUCUAGUCGUGAGAGUCAGAAUGAUAAACCGCCUACAAAAGCAAAACCGAAGCGUUCGACCAUAAGAAAACAUUUAGAAGACACUUGGAUGAAAACGUCAUCGUUGCCAAAUAUCAGACACAAGGACAGCAUUCAUAGCAUAUAUUAUGAUAUUGAAAGCUCUGCAUGCCCAUCACCGGCAAGGACAUCAAAAAGUUGCGGGCCAACUCUUGAAAAAUUGCAAAUUGUUAAAGAUGCAAAUGGUGUGGAUAACCCAGCAUACAGAAAUUCACCGCCAGAUAAAAGCGCUCGAACUAGACCAUUGCUUACUAAACAUGCAUCACUGGAUACCUCAGAUAGAAAUAAACAUGUAACUACUGUGAUAGUGCACCGUGAAACUAACAACGAGUCGGAUGAUACCUCCUUUAUCGUGCACCAUGAACCAAACAACGAGACCGAAAAUAACUUAUUAAAAACCAGUUAUCUCCCUGAGUUAACAACGUCGAGAGAUAGGUCUUUAAACCAUUCCAUUUAUAAUGAAAGUUUUGACUCAGAGAUUGACAUUGACAGAGAUAUUCAGAUAAUCCCUACAUACAACGAAGUAAAUGAAACAAAUGAAUGCAUUCCCCUGUCUCAAGAAAGACCAGAAUGUUUGCCUAUGACGAAUAUGGAUAAUAGUCAAAAUAAUGCAAUAUGUACAUGUGGAACUGAUAUUUUCUGUGCAGAGCAUGCAAGUUUAGGAAUGGACUCAGGUGGAAGUUCUUUGAGCUUAUCAUGGGACAAUAUACCUUCUGAAUGGAAUGACUCAAGACGAAAUACUGAACCAGUUGUGUUUUACCGCAGAUCGUUUAAUAACCAAACAGAUACUUGUUUGAGUGAUAAUAUAGAUAUUCUACACAAACCUACGAGUAGUGUUUCCGAAAUGCAAAGACGUGCACAUGUUUUCGAAGACGUAGAGCAAAAAGACGAAAGCAAUGAAUCAUUAGAUCAGAUAAGGGGUAGUGAGAGAAAAGGAAUUAAAACAGGACAUUUCAAAACUAGAAUAGGGAUAUUCAAAAGUGAUUCCAAUUUGUUGCGAGUUGGAACAUAUUCAUUGCUCAGGUCUCAGCAACAAGAUAACAUCUCGUUAGACUCGCUUAGUUUAACGGAGGACAUGCUGAAAAACUUUGAAAUGGCAGAGACUGGGUACAUUUAGAUGAUUACAAGACUUCAGUGAUACAGUUUUUAUACUGUGUGACUGUAUUUGAUUUCGCUUUAUAAUUUCUUAAAUUAGACAAAUGAACUCUAUCAGAAUCAGCAAUAAGUGUUAUCUAAUUUCUUAUUAUACAACAAACGGAAGUCAUUCAGUGUACGUUAAAAUAAAUUGUAGACAUAUCUCUUAACACCCAUUCCUUGUUUCAAGCUGUCGAUAAGUUUUAACAUGUAGAGAUAAAAAGUUUCAAAAUUGAAAGGCAAAAACUUUACAUGAAAAGACUGCAAUCUUUAAAUCAACUGUAUAAGGACAGUGCAUGAUUUGAACUAUAUACAGUAUAUUUCAAUCUAAAUAAGUUAUACAUGUAUAAACAAUGAUAUUUGAAUGUUGCAAAAAUCUUGUUUCACUUUUGAAUAUACAAAAAAUGACUUUUUAUAUUUAAUGAAGUGCGUCUUUUCUUUCCACUCUGGCUAAGAUGAGUAGUUGCCUAUUUAGUUGUUCAGCUUUAAAGGUAUAUUACACCCAUAUUUCAUAUCUAAAACAUGAACAGUUACAGCAUAUUGUUCAUGUAAAUAUGAAUAAACAAGUUUACGUAAAGACCGGCAUUAAAAUAGUACACACAAUAUACAUGUAUAGUUUAACACAGUAUAAAUGUGUAAAGCCGCUAA